AUGGGUUCCAACUCAGAAACCCCCGCAAUUCCUUGGAUGCGUCUAGGAGAGCUCGAUCCUCAGUCGUCUCUCACGCCGCCCCCUGCGCCUUUUCCGCCGGGCAACAGUGCAGCCGACAACGCGAGACAAAGAUUCGCAGUGAAGGGAAAUGCCAUCUUCACCGGCGGCGCCGGCGCUUUAGCACUCACAUCAGCAAGAGCACUGCUCGAGCACGGUCUACAAGGAUUAGCUCUCCUCGACCUAUCCACAUCCCUCACAAGGAGCAAAGAGUAUAUAUCAGCCAUACAGCAUAAUUUCCCCAACGCCAACAUCGUAACUAUACCCUGCAACGUGACCAUCGAAGCAGAAGUCCAAUCCGCAGUUCAAUCAGCCAUAGACCGUCUAGGCGAUCUCCGAAUCUUAUGCUGCUUCGCAGGAAUAGUCAACUGCGUUCCAUCAGUUGACAUGAGCCUAGAAGAUUACAAGAGAAUGCAAGACGUAAACACAACAGGAAGCUGGAUUAUCGCGCAGACUGUUGCCCGACACAUGAUUUCCCGCAAAACAGGCGGUAAAAUUAUCUUCAUCGCCUCUAUCAGCGGCCACCGCGUUAACUACCCCCAGCCUCAGCUAGCAUACAAUGUCUCCAAGGCCGGGAUCUUACAUAUGAAGAAUUGCCUCGCUGCUGAAUGGGCGCAGUAUGGCAUUCACGUCAACUCCAUUUCGCCUGGGUAUAUGGAUACGGUUCUGAACGAGGGCGACCAGCUGUCCGGCCAUCGCGCGGUGUGGGCUGACCGCAAUCCCAUGCGGCGUAUGGGGUCGCCACAGGAGAUGACGGGGCCGGUGGUGCUUUUGUGCAGUGAUGUUGGAGGGAGCUAUAUAAAUGGGGCAGAUAUUGUGGUCGAUGCUAACACAGCUCUCUUUGGUGGAUAG